CCUCGAACCUCAAAAAGCUCGAAAAACUCCGAAUCGUCCCUCCAAACUCUCCUCAAAUCCUUCAAAAAAAACCGAACCAACCACAAUGAAAACAUGAGUUGAGAUUUUCCCCCAUAAAAAAAGAUUUAUCAUUUUAUUAAUUUUAUUAUUGCUUCCAUUUUUUAUGGCCUCCUUCGUCGAAAUCGAUCGGUACAAUCUGAUUCCUCUCUCAGUGAGUUCACUUUGCGGUUGCCCAUGCCGUCCCUUAUACAACAAAACCCUAACUCUCAGUACAAGGGGAGUCCCUAAACUCAAGCUCAAGUUAGUCUUUGAUGGAUCCGAAUUGGUCGUCCCGGUUCGUUCUGCCCGUAUUUACAUCAACCGGCGGGUUAUUACGGCUGUGGCGCGAGCUGAACCGGAAAGUCUCGACGAAAGCAAUGCCAAGGAGGAAGUUGACAAAGGCCAUAUUUUACCAACGGUGAAGGCGGAUGCUCUUUCCCAGCAACAGCAUAAAUCAGGUCAGUUGAGGAAAAGGAUUGUUUUUGGACUUGGUAUUGGUAUCUCUGUCGGAGGUGCUGUAUUAGCUGGGGGAUGGGUUUUCACUGUGGCUUUGGCUGCUGCUGUUUUCCUCGGUGCACGUGAGUAUUUUGAGUUGGUAAGGAGCCGUGGAAUUGCUGCUGGAAUGACACCUCCUCCACGAUAUGUCUCACGAGUGUGCUCUGUUAUCUGUGCCCUCAUGCCCAUACUUACCUUGUACUUUGGCAAUAUUGAUAUUUCAGUGACAUCUGCUGCAUUUGUUGUGGCUAUGUCAUUGCUCUUGCAAAGAGGAAAUCCUCGUUUUGCUCAGCUGAGCAGUACCAUGUUUGGGCUAUUUUAUUGUGGCUACCUCCCUUGUUUCUGGGUUAAGCUCAGAUGUGGUUUAGCAGCUCCUGCUUUGAAUACUAGACUAGGAGCAGGAUGGCCUUUUCUUCUCGGAGGCCAAGCUCAUUGGACGGUUGGCCUUGUGGCAACUUUGAUUUCUAUCAGCAGCAUAAUUGCAGCAGAUACAUAUGCUUUUUUGGGUGGAAAGGCCAUUGGUAGGACACCACUUACUAAUAUAAGUCCAAAGAAGACAUGGGAAGGAGCUAUUGUUGGUUUGGGUGGUUGUAUAGCAACUUCUGUUGUACUGUCAAAGAUUUUUAGCUGGCCAGCAUCUUGGCUAAGUGCAAUAGCCUUCGGGUUUCUGAACUUCUUUGGGUCUGUUUUUGGUGAUCUGACUGAAUCAAUGAUCAAGCGCGAUGCUGGUGUUAAGGACUCUGGCUCCCUAAUACCUGGGCAUGGUGGAAUACUUGACAGAGUGGAUAGUUACAUAUUCACAGGUGCACUUGCAUACUCUUUUGUAAAAAUCUUGUUACCACUCUAUGGCAUUUGAUAUGUAAAAUUUCUAUCAAUAUCAAGAGGGAAUAAUACCAGAUAGAAAUUCUCCUGUCUUUUUGGAUAUUAAAAGGAUUGCAGAAGCAAAUUUGAUGAUAUUUGCAGGGGGAAAUUCAUUCUACUUGCUCUUAAAGAAGGAAGCUGAGAUUGCGUUUGCAACUCUGCCAUCCCCAUAUUUUUACUGGAUUGUAAACUCUAGGAGUUCAUUUUUUAUACACCUUUCUCAAAUUUUAUCUA